AUGCACAAAAUCCUUUCAAAGGUUCUGGCAAACAGGUUGAAGUCAGUGUUGGGGAAGAUUGUUUCUCACUCUCAGAAUUCAUUUAUCAAGGGGAGACAAAUCCUGGACUCUGUAUUGGUGGCUAAUGAAUGCUUGGAGAGCCGGCUUCGCUCUGGAACACCGGGUAUUAUUUGCACAUUGGAUUUGGAGAAGGCCUAUGACCAUAUAAAUUGGAAGUUUUUGCUUUAUUUGUUGGAGACAUGUGGUUUUGGAGAGAGAUGGCGAGGCUGGAUUGCUCAUUGUAUAUCAACUUUUACGAGGUUUACGACAAGGGGAUCCUUUGUCUCCUUUACUGUUUGUGUUGGUGAUGGAAGCUUUAAGUUGGAUGUUGUCUACAACAGUGGAAAGCGGGCGACUCUCUGGGUUUUUCGUGGCUCAAGAUAUCAGGAGGCUAUGAUUGUGUCUCAUUUAUUAUUUGCAGAUGAUACCUUGAUCUUUUGUGACCCUAAUGUUGAACAAUUCCAAGAUUUGAGAUGCUUGCUACUAUGUUUUGAAGCGGUUUGGGGGCUGAAAAUCAACUUGUCUAAAUCCGAGAUUGUUCUUGUAGGUGAUGUAGGGGAUGUGGAGGAGUUGGCUAGCAUUCUUGGGUGUGGGGUGGCUUCACUUCCUAUAAAGUAUUUGGGUCUUCCUUUGGGUGCUAAGUAUAAGGUGGAAGUGGUCUCUAGAUUUUUUGAGAUGUAUUAUCUUAAAGUAAGAAUUGUGGAGUACACUAUUGCAGCUGUUUGGUGUUGUGUGGGUUAUGCCGUGAUCGGUGAAAGAGCUGUUGGGGAGUUGGAGGGGGUAAAUGGGCAACCGGUUGUUGGUGCCGAUUUGGAGAAUGGUUCUAUUGUGUUUGAUGUGGUGUUUAUGGAAGGAACAGAAUGCAUGCAGUUUUAA